UUCAGAGGCUUCCAAAAAAAAAGUUGAGCUCAUUGAUAAGGGAGGGGGCUCGACAAAAUCGAAUUGUACAUGAGGGGUGGAAUAAUGGUAUGUAUUUUUUGGAUCGCAUGGACAUCAGUCCUGAAGAAAAGGUUCUAAUCAUCAUACAGGAUUCAAAAUCUCGAAUUGCGCAAGAAAAACUUGCAGGGCUUGAGAAAACUUCAGCGCCAUUUGAGGAACAAAUACGUGAAGCUGGAAAAUUUGUUGAUAUCGAUUUAGACAAAGUCGCAACCGUAUUAGACUAUCAAAAGUACGAAGAGGAAGCAUUCAAGAAGAAAUGCGCGGCUGGCUCGUUUUAUGGUAGAGAGGAAUGGCUUUUGCGAUGGCUUUUGAAGAAACUCCAGUCGCCAAAGGAUAAAACUCCAAGGUAUAUCAUAACCUUUUGCGUUGAGAUCAUAAGCUAAGAAUUGGCACUUAGGAUUACACCAUCGUCGUGGCAUCUCUUCCGUCUAUUGUUGAAUGCGAUCCCGCUGGCGAAUACUGCACGCAUGCUUAACGAUAAGAAGUUUAUCGCAACCCUACAACAGACAUUACAAGAAGCACAGGAGAUCAGAGACGUCGACGAACCUUGUGUGGGACCACAUGAUGAUUCAAUGUCAGGAUCCGACUCGAGAGAGACGUCCAUUAUCUCGAAGAAGCGCAAUCGAACGGGAGAACUAGUUACACACACAUAUCAUGGCCCAGCCAAGGGGCUGAGAACCUUAGUUAUGGCAAUUCACACUGCCAUCCAUAGUAUUGUUCGAUCUACCAAAGUUUCUCUCUCGCAAAGGGUAACAGGCAAUGGUAGAAGCACAGCAUUCACCACGGAAUAUAUGCGAGCGGUCGUACAAACCACGCCUGAAGCGUCUGCAAUCGUUCUAGGUUCUUGGAUGUCUCUUUGCCAAACAAUUCUAGGAGCUGGUCCAGCUAUAUCGUCUCAUUUACUGUCUCCCUUUAUCGACAUCUGGGACUACCGUGUUGUAGGGAGCGAAGAUCUUAUGCAAUUUUCUCUUCAUUGUUCGGAGCCUUUGCUAGCAUUGUUGAAAAGGACGAAGGCAAAUACGGCCACAAGAGAUUGGCAGGCAACUUUGGAGAAAGUUGUUGCUCGCAACAUUAUCAUUCCUUCAAAAGCAAAUGCUGGAGAGAAGCAAGAUUUUACUCUAUUGCAAAACUUAACGAGAGUAUUAGUCUUGCAAGAUGUUGCCAAUGCUCCCAUCCUUUUCGAUGUUGCAAUCCGGUCUUUGCAGGCCCAUGGAGACCGCCGAAGACGGCCAGCAGACAGUGCAUGGCUUCAGAUUGUAUUUACCACAUUGAAAGCUGCUAUGCCUCCAACUAAAACAAGGGCGCACAAUUUUGCCAUUCGCGAAUUACUUCAGAGCUGUAUCCAACAUGAAGUGGACCUUGGCCUCAAUGAACUACGAAGUCUGGCGGCAGAGUAUGUCAUACCUGAUGGAAACACGGAUUGGAAGCUUUUGGAAACUAUGAUGAAACUCGAUGCCAACGUUUUCCUCAUCCCUGAUGAGAAGGAUUUGCUGAACAUUGUCCUGGAGAGAAUUACCAGCAUCUAUUUCGACCAAUCGUGGUCAGAGCAAUCUCAACAUAUUGUAUCUGAAAUUGUCGUUCCUUUAAUGCAUGAGUCUGCAAAAGCUCGUGAUUUAUCCGGUUUCGUGCGCCAUUGGUACACUCAGCUUGUCAAGUUUGAGCAUAAUCGAAAGGAUGAUGCAAUGUUCACGACAGAUGCUUUCUGUGCUUGGGAGGAUGAAGCAUUACAGAUUGAGCUUUCCAAGCUCCUUGAAAAUUCAUUGACUGUCCAACAAAUAGUACAGCUAGUUGAUUGGCUGGCCAUAGAGACUGCAAAUGAGCCGGAAGCCGUGGUUACCGUUCUCGAUGCCAUUGCGAACUCAAUUACAAGAGAAGAUGUCGUAGACAUCAUUGGAACACGUCUACAUCAUGUGAUAUUUGACAACGGACAUUUCAGCACAGUGGACGACAGAUAUAGCUGGCGAGCCUGGAGACUCUUGACUAGAUCCCUCCAAUGGAUGCAGCCUCCUCAUUUGGAUGAAAUUACCGAGCUAUGGGAGCAGCAAGCUAGCCCGUUCAGCAUAUUAUCUUCCCAAACCUUCAGUCACAAAGGAUUAGAUAAUUUGGAAAUCUUUCGAUAUGCAUGCUCAGCUUGGAAUGCAGCUGAAAAAGGGUCGAAAUUAGAAAGUCUUGCAUCUCCGGUAGUUUUACGUUGUCUUUCACAUCUAGGUCCUUCUGUUGAUGCCUUGAUCGAUCGAACCGGCGGAGACAUUGAAGAAUGGCCGGUUUAUCUCAACGUCUUAUCACGAGGAGCCCAAUGGACUGCAUGGUCAUUCUAUAAUUGCAUAUUUCAAGAAUACCCCAGAGUCCUCGAGUAAGUACUUCUAAAAAUUCCAAUGCAUGAAAAGUAUAUUGAAUUAACGAAAUUAUAGACUGGGCCUAAACCUACAAGACGACGUGUUCGCUUUGCUUCUGAAAAAUGUCGUUUGGAUAGCUUCCUUGGCCGCAAACGCAACAGUCGAUCAUGUAUUAAACCAUGGGGCAUUCGCCGCUUUGUGGUUUGGAGUUUUGCGUCAAGAUUGUGUACUCAAUAACUCUAAUGUCAUAAGUAAGUCACUUUCUUCACACUACCAAAUAAAGAUUCUCGCCAACACAUUCUAGGUCGUUUCAUUGAUAUUCUCUUGGACUGCCAGACCCAAGAAAAAAAUCCUCUUCUCGCUACUCCUACAUGUAACCCGAUAGUUGUUGAAUCUCUAACAAAACUUCCACUCGAGGUUUUCAGCAGAAGGCAUAGAGAGCGUAUUAUGCAAAGCUGGUCAAUAGACGUCUUAGCAAAAUCCCCUGAGUGUUAUCCUGCUGUGCUAGCACUGAAACUGAAAAUUAUGCAUCGCCCUACGUUAUACAAGGUUAGUACACUUACCAGAACUGCCAACUUUGCUAACUCGGUAGUAGGGCAUGAAAUACAAGGAUUUCGAAGAAGUCGAGAAAUUAACCAAGAAAGUCGGGUUCGAGGAAAUGUCUAAACGGUUCGAAACUCUCUUUACCUCAAAAGAGCUUGUUAAGUUAACUUUGUCGUAUGUACUAUUCGCAAUAUUAUCCUUCUGGUCCCUUACUUACUUUCAAUGAAAUUAGCCAUGUUACCAGUAACUUGGAUCAGCCUCAAAAUCGCACCUAUAUCUUAGACGCCAUAAGUUAUUUCCGUGAUAAACUCUCCAAGCUUGCCAAUGACGAGAAGAAAUCUAAGGGCGAGAAGGCCUUACCUUUUAUCUCCACAUCAAACUCGCUAUUUAAUGUUCUUAUCGCCAAAUCAAAACAAUUGCAUGAUCUAGCUAUUAUCAGCAACGAAGAUUUCAUAGAACUUUGCACAUCCUUCAGGCAAUUCCUCCUUGGUCAUCUGCAACAUCGAUUGAAACAUAAACCCAAGACCGACGAGCUUGGAAGCCAUAGGGAUGGAUCAUUAUCGGUCGUUGUCAUUCUUCAAGCUCUCGAAUCCCUGGGUGUGGGUUCAUCAUCACUUGAAGCUUUCGCCGCAGACGGCCAGGCAUACAUUACGAAGCUGAAUAAAGGUAACCCGGAAGUGGAUGAUGUACGCCAGCUUUUACCAGAAUUUUUCGCUGCUCAUGUAUUGAGCAAUAAAGAUGGAAUCCUCCAUACCACUUUGGAAGCUUUUGUUAAUACCUCUGCUGGGAGAGCUGGCAUAAAGAAAAGGAUGGAAAUAUUGACUACUGGAAUGGACAACACGGAAAAGUUGCAGCUUGUGCAACAUUUAGUUGGCGAGGACUUGAUUGGGCUUACCCAACUUGAGAAAUUGGUAGCUGUCAAAUAUGUUAUUGGCGCCUGUGAGAGUAUGUCUGAAAUGCGUUUACCUCUCGGUGAUUAUAGCUGACGCAUCAUAGAUAUAGGUUACGAAUCUAUUGCUGCAAACAUAGCGCGAAGGCCGCUUGAUCUCUGUUUGGUAUACGAUUUACUUUGCACCCAAAUAAUCAAAACUCGUUCAUACCGAGUGUUUGCCUUACUGGAGGAAAUUAUGGAGAUGAUGCUGAAGACAAAGGCAAGAUUCCACAUUUGACGACCCUCAGAAAAUGCCAUUAACAAAUUUACAGCGUCGUGCACUCUCCCAGUGGUCAAUUGAUCGUACUCUUGCUAUAAUUGCCAUAAUAUGCUCUAGCAAAGGACCUUCUCUACCUGUCUCUCAAGCCAGCAAUAUCUUCAUCCGUCUCUGUACAUUAAUGAAGGCCGUUCUUACAAACCACCGCUUCCGCCUCGAGGGACAUCUACAUUGCGUUAUACAAGUUCUUCAGCCUCUUCUUCGCUGCCUCUUUACGACCCACUCACACACCUCUAAGAGGCUACUUCAAGCAUUUGCGCCGGCUCCUUGGCUCCCACAAUUCAAAUCAUCCACGAAUUCCACCUCAUCAAAUGCUCUAUCACCAAUAGCCGCGGAGGCUUUCACACGUCUUCUCACCCUCAUCUGUGACCCCACGCCUAAUUCUAUUUCCCAUUCAUCGAUGAACAAUCUUACAUCUGCUGUGGCCAAGGCUAAAAAGAUCGCUGGCCAACACAUGCACAUUAUACUUCAAACAUACAUAAAAUUCAACCUCGAAAUGACGAUGAAGCCCGACGUUAGGGCUGCUAUGACACCUGGGUUGUAUGCGAUAUUUGGAUGUACUGAUAUGGAAGGGCGAAAGGCUGUGGUUGAUGGGCUGGAUUCAAGCGCAAGAGCAGUUUGGGGAACUUUGUAUAGAGAUUGGGCUCGAUUUGGAAGAUGGAAGGGUGCAUAAGUAGGAUACACAAAUGGGAUUUAAUGAGGGAUAAGUUGGGUUCAGUUGGCAUGUAGUAGAGUUCACAUAUGACGACGAGGUGAUAGAUAAUUAGAUACCAUGCUUGGAUUAAAGCAAU